UGGUAAGGCUCCACCUUGGGCUCCUCCCGCUGUCCGACUCCCCUCUCCCAUUGUCUCAAAAGAGACAGCUAUAGUGCUCAGUGUUCGUAUUUCUGAGGUCGCGCUCUUUCUCCGGUCGGCGGGGCAGUCCUGUAACGGAGAACCAGCUUCCCGAGUUCGGGCAGCUCUUCUUUCCUCCUUAGGACCCACUUUGCGUUCCAGGGUCGCAGCUACUAUGUCUGCGCUGCGAACUCUUCUGCUUCUGCUGCUACCUCUGUAUCCUGGUCUUGGUCCUGGAACCGGGAGCGAGGCAAAGGUCACCAGGAGUUGCACUGAGACCCGGCAAAUUCUGGGGGCCCGGGGAUAUAGCUUAAGCCUACUCCCUCCCGCCCUGAUCUCAGGUGAGCAUCUCCGAGUCUGUCCCCAAGAAUAUACAUGCUGUUCCAGUGAGAUAGAGGAGAGGCUGACCUGGGACACUGAGGCUACCUUCCGAGGCCUGGUGGAGGAGAGUGGCUCCUUUCUGGUUCACACAUUGGCUACCCGGCAUAGAACAUUUGAUGAGGUUUUUCGGGACAUGCUCUCGUCAGCUGAGCACUCCCUGGCCCUGCUCUUCCACCGCUCCUAUGGCCGCCUGUAUUCCCAGCAUACUCCCUUAUUCAGUGGCCUGUUCUCUAGGCUGCGGGACUACUAUGAGAAGUCCGGUGAGGGGUUAGAUGAUGCCUUGGUGGAUUUCUGGACGCAGGUCCUGGAGAAAAUGUUCCCCCUGCUGCACCCACAGUACAUCUUCUCCCCUGAAUACCUGUUCUGCCUCACGCGCCUUGCUUCCUCUGCUGAUGACUCUCUGAAGUUUUUUGGGGACUCACCCCGUCGCCUCCGCCUACAGAUAACCCGGGCCAUGGUGGCUGCCCGGGCCUUUAUCCAGGGCCUGGAGACUGGAAGAAAUGUGGUCAGUGAAACGCUUAAGAUGCCCAUGUCCGAUGGCUGCAGGCGGGCUGUGAUGCGUCUGACUGGCUGCCCCUUUUGUCGGGGGGUUCCCUUGUUGCCUCCUUGCCGGGGUUUCUGCCUCAACGUGGCCCAUGGCUGUCUCAGCAGCCAGGGACUGGACCCUGACUGGGGGGCCUAUCUGGAUGGUCUCCUGUUACUGGCUGAGAAGAUCCAGGGCCCCUUUUCCUUUGAGCUGGCAGCCCAGGCCAUUGGGGUGAAGAUCUCAGAAGGUUUGAUGUACUUGCAGGAAAACAGUGUGGGGCUGUCCGCUCAGGUGUUUCAGGAAUGUGGGGUCCCCCCAAAGGCGAUGACCCGUGCCCGCCGAGCCCCAGCACCAGUAGAAGAGGUGGGCCGAUUGUGGAUGGCAGGGGCAGAGGAGGAGCUGCCAACAACAGCGGCAGCCAUGUUGCCCCGAAUGGUGUGGGAGCUGCGUGAAAGGUUGGGCCGGGUCCGGGGCUUCUGGGCCGGGCUGCCCCUGGCGGUGUGUGGGGACCCCCGUAUGGCGGCGGACAUCGCACAGGAGGCAGCACCCUGCUGGACUGGAACCGGGCGGGGCCGGUACUUGUUGCCCGUGGUUGGAGCCUCCCUGACAGAGCAACUCAACAAUCCAGAGGUGCGUGUGGAAGCCUCAAACCCUGACCUUCAGACUCGGAUGCGGCGGUUGCAGCUCCGGUCAGCCAUAAUCAGGAUGAAGGCAGCCGCCCUGGGACGUGACCUGGACCUCGAGGACUGGGAUGAGGAUGCCAGCGGCUCUGGAGAAGGACAGCACUAUGCAGAUGACUGGAUGGCCGGGGCAGCAGCUGUGGGGCCCCCAGCCCGGCCUCCUCGCCCUCCUGGCCGCAAAGGAGGUUUCGUCAUCCGCCAAAACCAGGGCAGGAGCAGGACUGGGGGGACAUCUGUGGGUUUUCACACCCAACCCAUUCUCAUUCUCUUCCUCUCAGCCCUGGCCCUGCUUGGACCUCGAUAAUGGGGGAGGGGUGCCCUGGCAUCAGAAGGGUUCAUGGCCCUUCCCUCCUCCCCACUUAGCUGGGUCUGGGGAGGAGUUGAAGAGGGCUGCAGAGAGGGUAGAGAAGGGACUUUUUGGGUGAAUGGCUAGGGCCCCAAAUCCAGGAGAUUCCCGCUGGGGUUGGGUGGAUGGGUGUUCACAAUAUUUAUUUUUUCAUUUGGUAUUGGGGUGGGGAGGCUGGGGGUAUUUAUUUAGGAAGGACUUGUGGUCUCUCCAACCAAGCCUCUAAGGCUGGGCUCUGGUGGUCAGCUCCAAGAAGGAGAAAGGGAAGAUUUUUAAACUGACAUUUGGCUGUGCGGGGGUGGGGGGGAGGGGAGGGAUUAAAAGAAGUUGGAAGUGGGGGGUGGGGGGCCACCUGGUCUCAGAAAUGAACAAAGCUGGGUGCCGACAGGUGCAGGGCAGGGAACUUGGUUGGGUAUGUGAAUAGGAUGUCAAGAUCUGUGGGCCUUGGUUCUAUGAGUUUUUUCAGCAUCAAUUUCUUCAACUAAAACACACACAAAAAGGACAACUCGUGACCUCUGCCAUCCACAUCCUUCACAAGCUUUGCAUUUCACAAAUAAACAAUGAAUUUAUUGGA